AUGGCUGAAGCAAUUCAAGCCGGCGUCCAGGCCGGAGUUCAAGCCGCGUUCGCUGCCAACCCCGCGAAUGCCGCCCCAGCAGCUCCACAGCAGCGUCAGCAACGGCGCGAUAACCCUGUUUUCGAAGAAAUCAACGACGAUUCCGACGUUGAGAACCCCUUCAGCGACAACAAUAAACAACAAAAUUUCAACAACGGUCGACGAAACAGGAAUGAUGAUGAUACACGCUGGAUUUUCGGUAUCAAGGUAGACACUCCUGAGUUCCAUGGUGGUUCACAACCUGAAGAACUUCUUGACUGGCUCGUGGCGGUCGAUGAGUUCAUUGAAUUCAAAGAGAUUCCAGCACACAAACAAGUUCCCUACGCUACAACUCGAUUCCGCAGUCAUGCUGCGUCUUGGUGGAAUCAACUAAAAAUCUCACGUCACCGUCGCGGAAAAGACAAAAUCGUCUCGUGGGAUAAACUUAAGAAACAUUUGCGCAAAACAUUUAUCCCGUAUAAUUUUGAGCGUUUGCUGUUUCAGAAGUUUCAUAAUAUUCGACAAGGCAAUCGCUCGGUAGACGACUAUGCGAAUGAGUUUUAUCAACUACUAACUCGUGUAGACGUUCAAGACUCGGAAGAUCAGUUGGUCGCGCGAUUCAUUGCAGGUCUACGACCACAACUACAAAACAUGUUGCAUCAAUUCGACCCAACCUCCGUGGCAGAAGCAAGACAGCGAGCAGUCUUGGUUGAGCAACAAACAAAGUUCUCGACUAACUCUUGGACGGGAAACUCGCGACAGCGCGGCAGCAUGACCAACGACGACAGCAAAACAUCCUCGGGUGUAGAUUCUUCUAACAUUACCCGCGGAAAUAAUCGACCUUCCGAGACCAACGCAUCGACCAGUGAUGCUCGUCCUCCUGCGCGCACCAGCGCUUUAAGGUGUUUUACUUGCGGAGAAAACGGGCAUAGAAAAACCACAUGUCCUAGGAAUGGUCGGCGAGGUCUACUGGCCAAUGAGAGAGAGCUAACGGGCGAACCAAUUUAUGAUACAGAGGAAGAACUCGACGAUACCGAAGAAGAGCAAGUCGCAGGUGAUACAGGAACAUUUUUAAUGCUGCGAAGAAAUUGCUUGGCUCCCAAGACAACAGAAGCUUGGCAACGGACGUCGUUGUUUAACUCCACAUGUACGGUCAAAGGGAAGAUCUGUCGAUUUGUCAUCGACUCAGGCUGUUCUUCAAACGUAGUAUCCGAAGAAGCUGUCAGAAAACUUGGCCUCAAAGUUGAAACACAUCCCCAUCCUUAUCGUCUUUUGUGGAUGCAAACAGGUGCAGAGGUUCAGGUUUCUCAACGAACACUUCUUUCACUCUCUGUCGGUUCGUUUUACAAAGACACGCUUUACUGCGAUAUUGCAACGAUGGACGUCUCUCAUAUCAUCUUAGGACGACCAUGGCAGUACGACCGGGAGGUGAUUCAUAACGGCAAGCAUAAUACACACUCAUUUAUGUUCGAAGGACGAAAAAUAACUUUGCUUCCAUCUCCGGAAACCGACGUGACGAAUCACAACACAGCGUCACCGAAGUCAACGAAGCAAGGGCUUCUUAUCAUCUCCAAAUCUCAGUUUGAAGAAGAACUUCGUGAGCCUUGUCCAAUAUUCGCGCUCGUCGCCACCGACAAUAGUCCAGAACAACCCAAAGACGUUCCUACGGCUUUCUCAUCGAUCAUGGAGGAGUUUAAGGACCUUUUCCCGGAAGAACUUCCGGCCGGCUUGCCACCACUACGAGACAUUCAGCAUCACAUUGAUCUUGUUCCCAAUGCAGCCUUACCAAAUAGAGCUCACUACCGAAUGAGCCCAGAGGAGCAUGAAGAACUACGGCGGCAGGUAGAAGGUCUGUUGUUUAAAGGGUACGUACGUGAGAGUCUCAGUCCUUGUGCGGUCCCUGCCCUUCUUAUACCAAAGAAGGAUAAAACGUGGCGUAUGUCCGUCGAUAGUCGUGCAAUAAACAAAAUCACGACCCGCUACCGGUUUCCAAUUCCAAGACUUGACGAUCUCUUAGAUCAGAUAGGCAAGGCGACAAUUUUUACAAAAUUGGACCUUAAAAGUGGUUAUCAUCAAAUUCGCAUAAGACCGGGGGAUGAAUGGAAGACGGCUUUCAAGACGCGUGAAGGGUUGUUUGAAUGGUUAGUCAUGCCUUUUGGAUUGUCUAAUGCCCCUAGUACCUUUAUGCGUGUUAUGAAUCAGGCUCUUCGACCAUUUAUUGGCAAGUUCGUCGUUGUCUACUUCGACGACAUUCUCAUCUUUAGUACCACGUAG